AUGUCAAGCGGCACCGGCACAGGUGGACUGGCAAGCUCCUCCGGCAAGCGCAAGAAGUCCUCCUUUGAUGACAGCAGCGAUGAGGGCGGCGGCGGCGGCGGAGGCGGCAGCGGAGGUCGCAAACGGAGCAAGAAGUACGAUCUGACCGAACAGCUGCAGGAGCUGAUGGACUCGCUGCGCAACUACAAAGCGCCCGGCACCGGCCGGGUCCUCUGCGAGGCCUUCAUCAGGGCGCCCAAGCGGCGCAACCUCGCCGAGUACUACGACGUCGUCGCCUCUCCGAUUGACCUGCUGCGCAUCCAGCAGAAGAUCCGCAUGGACGAGUACGACGACCUGGAGCAGUUCAGCGCCGACGUGGAGCUGCUGGUGGGCAAUGCGAAGGCCUACUACAAGGCGGACAGCGCCGAGUACGCGGACGCCGAUCAGCUGUGGGAGGUCUUCACCGAACUUCGAGAUGACAUCUUUGGAGAAGGAGGAGGAACUGGAGGAGCUGGAGAAGGAAUUGCAGGAGCAGGAGGUGAUGGAUCCUCAGACGCGCGGACGCUCGACUCGGGCGACGAUGACGCCAUUUCGAACUUGGACCAGCUGCCGAGCGGCAGCGGCGGUGGACUUCAACUGGGAAAUGUUGCCGGAGCAGGAAGUUCCGGCGGCGGAGGCCUCGACUCGAUGAGCAACAGCGAGAGCGAGGGCGGCGGCUGCGACGGCAGCACCGGCAGCAACGGCGGCCACGACAGCCACUUCGAGGAGCUCUUCAGCUCGGUGAUGAUGGCCACCAGCGAUGAUGGCCGCCAGCUGUCGACCAUGUUCGAACUCCUGCCCUCCAAAGCGGCCUACCCCGACUACUACGAGGUGGUGGCCGAACCGAUCGACCUGAAGACUAUCGCUUCGAGGAUCCAGGCCGCCGACACCUACUCCACACUGGCCGACCUCGAGAAGGACCUCCUGCUGAUGAUCACCAAUGCGAAGAAGUACAACGCCCCCGGCUCGCAGAUCUACAAGGACGCCAACAGCCUGCGGAAGAUUGUCACCACGAAGCGGGCGGAAAUCGAGCUGCGCAAAAGCCAGCCUGCAAAAUCGAGUGAGCGCAUUCGGGCGAAGCGAAACAAUCCCUACCAGCCAAAGUGGUCGGCCAUUACCGCUUCGUUGAAGUACGAGGAGGAUGAUGAGGCGGCGGCAACGGCCGCUGCGGCUGCUGCUGCUGCCGCCGCUGGAGGCGAAACUUCGAUGAUCGGCGGCGACUACGGCGAGGACACCGUCAACUUCAGCGACAGCGAGGACAGCGAGUCGAAUCCGCAGUGGCUGCUGUACAAUGCCGUCAAGGACACGCCCUACUCGGAGCCCUUUUUCCGCCUGCCCUCGCGGAGACACUACCCGGACUACUAUCGGGAGAUUAAGCAGCCCAUUUCGUUGGCGCAGAUUUGCUCGAGGAUUAAGUCCGGCUACUACGAUUCAGUGAGUCGCCUGACGGCUGAGCUGACGCUCGUCUUUGAGAACGCCAUGGCCUACAACCGGCCCGACUCGAAGCUGUUUAAGGACGCGGCGAAGCUGAAGAAGAUUCUGCAGAUCAAGUCGAAGGAGAUUAUUACCGUCUUCAAGGAAGACGGAGGAGGAAGUGGCGGUGGAGCUACCUCGGGCGAGUACCAGUCAGUGGAAGAGCUACUGGCCGACUUUAGGCUGAUGUUUGAAAACUGCCGCAAGUACAACGAGGACGGCUCGCAGAUCUACCAGGACGCGGGCGUCCUGGAGCGGCUCCUUCGAACGAAGCUCGCCGAGCUGGGCCCGAUGGCCACUUCUGCCUCAAAUGCUGAACGUUCUAAGGGCCGAGAACGGGUUCGUCCGUCCAGUGGAAAUCAGCUGAAGAUGAAGACGCUCUUUGAGACGGUGAGGGACUACAAGGACUCCAAGGGACGGUAUCUUUCGCCCAUCUUCAUGAAGCUGCCCUCGAGGGCCGAUUUUCCUGAUUACUAUGAUGUCAUUCGGAAGCCCAUCUGCCUGGAGAAGAUUGGCACUCGCGUGAAGAACUGCAUCUACGAGACGGUGGAAGACCUCCUUGGAGAUAUCAUUCUGAUGCUGGACAACGCCUGCAAGUACAAUGAGCCCGAUUCGCAGGUGUUCAAGGACGCGCUGACCCUGCAGCAGGUGGCCCUGCAGACGAAGAUUGACCUGAAUGAGGACAGUGUCAAUGGCAUUCCCGACGUGAAGAUUAUCGUCCAAGAUUUGUUGACGAACCUGUUCAUUUCCGUCUACAAUCACCAGGAUGAGGAGGGGCGGUGCUUUAGCGAUUCGAUUAAUGAGCUGACGGAGCUGGGGGAUCGGAGUAGUGAGGUGGAGUUGCGGACGCUCAACUUUGACAUCAUCAAGAAGAACCUGAACGCCGGCCGCUACCGCCGCCUGGACCGCUUUCAGCAGGACAUGUUUGAGGUCUUUGAGCGGGCGCGCCUCAUCUCGCGCACCGACUCGCAGGCCUUUGAGGACGCCAUUGAGCUGCAGCAGUACUUUAUCAGCCUGCGAAACGACCUCUGCAAGGGCGGCCAGGUGCUGCAAAGUUCGGCGCUGCACUACGACCUCGGCGCGCUCAAUGAGCACAUUGAGGCGCUGCGGAAGGAGAAGCUGCCGAGGGAGGCCACUGAAGAGGCGGCGGAAGCGGCCGUCAAGGCUGAGCAGGAGGCGGCCUCGACUUCGACGGCCCUGCUUGGAACAGCUUCGAAUACCUCAGCUCAAGCUCAGCCAAUCGCCACGAUGGUGGACGGCGACGAGACGACGGUGAUGGUCAACGAGGUGGUGUACAAGGUGGGCGACUUUGUGUACGUGACGCCCAAUGCCGGCGCCGCCGAGCCGCACAUUAUCAACAUUGAGAAGUUUAUCCGCGAUCCGGCCGGCUCGGGACAGCUCCUUCUGCACGGCUGCUGGUUCUAUCGGCCCGCGGAGACCUUUCACAUUCCGACGAGACGAUUUAUGGAGAAGGAGAUCUUCAAGACGGACAACUAUACGAGCACCCCGUUGAGCAACGUCAGCGGCAAGUGCUGCGUCAUGUUUGUGAAGGACUACUUCCGUUCAAGGCCGCUGAACUUUGAGGAUGCUGAUGUGUAUGUCUGCGAGUCGCGCUAUAGCUGCAAGAGCAAGAGCUUCAAGAAGAUCAAGGUCUGGACGUAUGACGUGCUCUCCAAUGUGGCCAUUGUCCCGCGGGAGGUGCCGCUGCCGAUGAACCGCGUGCCCUCGGUUUUUAAGGAUCAGGGCAUGGCGACGGGGCUGGGCUCGGCGGAGGUGAAGACGCUGGAGGAGGAGCUGGUGGGCAUGGAUGGUGAUGUUAAGGAAGGUGGUGAAGGAGUUGCUGAAAACGUGGAUGAUAAGGGAGUUCUCGAUGUCCCUCGCCCCAAUGUCCUCUGUGCUUCGCCGGAAGGUCUGCAAACUCCCGACGGCUGGACCUACUACGAGCAGUUCUCCAUCCCGGCGGGCACCUUCCGCGUCGGCGACUGCUGCUACGUCCGCACCGACCAGGAGCGCAACCUCAUCUGCCGCAUUGACCGCAUGUGGACGGAUGAGGCGGGCAACCCCUACUUUCACGGGCCCUGGUUCGUCCAGCAGGCGGAACUCCCACCGAACACCGUCGGUUCCUUUUACCCGCAGGAGGUCUUUCUCAGCAGCAUCGAGGACACCAAUCCGCUGCUGAGCAUCUGCGAGCGCUGUGCGGUGCUCAGCGUGACCGACUACAUUAUGAAGCGCCCUACCGAAUUUCUGGAGAAGGACGUCUACGUCUGCGAGAUUCGCUACCUGGAGCACGAGAAGCGCUUCGAGGCGCUGCCGCCGGAGGGGUUGGCGAAGUUUGUCCGCCAGAACUACGGCGUCGUCGAGGAUGAGAUGUACUUCUUCCGGCGGCCGCUGAUGCUGCAGAAGGACUCGUAUGUGAUGCCGCAGGUUGUGGAGGCUGCAGCUGUGGAACAGCAACAACAAAUGUUCAACGGAUCUCAGCAGAUGAUGGUGGUCGAUGGUGGUGGAUCUCAGAUGGGAAGACCUUCCCUGGAUGUGGACAUGACCGACGAGUCGAACAUGUCGGCGAUCUCUGCCACCGGAGCAGCAGUUCUUCCUCAGCAGCAUCUGCAGCAGAUUCCGAUGCAGAUGCUUGCUCAGCAGCAGCAACUUCAACUUCAGCAGCAGCAGCAGGCUCAGCUUCAACUUCAAGCGCAGGCCCAGGCUCAAGUUCAGGCCCAGCAGCAGCAGAUGAUGCUCGACCCCAGUACGGGGAUGAUGGUUCCCGUGAUGGCUGCUGCGGGAGUUCAAGCCGGCGGAGGAGUUCAAAUUGUGCAGGCGACUCCGACUACGCCUGCUGCUGCAGCAGUGGCAGCAGCCGUUGCAAGUGCUCCAACGCCAACGGUUCUCCCACCGACGCCCUCAACUCCCGUCACUUCGGCAGCCGUGGCCGCCCUGAAGAAGCCCAAAACCCCGAAACGUUUGGUGACUGGCUAUAUUAUCUUUGCCAGCGAGGUUCGAAAGUCCGUCGUGGAAGCGAAUCCCGACUGCUCCUUUGGCGACAUCAGCCGCAUCAUCGGCUCGCAGUGGAAGAUUCUGACGCAGGAGCAGAAGGGCGAGUACGAGCAGCGGGCGGCGAAGCAGAAUGCAGAGGUGAAGGAGGCGGCGGCGGCUGAGUCGGCCCUCAUGGAACAGCUAGGCGUGAACCCGGCGUCGCCGGCGGUCGGAAAUGAGUCCAUUCCGAACGGGGUGUUUGAGUGUCACUGGGAGCACAAGUGCGACUUUCAGUUUGAGGAUGUCAAUGACCUGUAUGAGCACCUGACGGCGGAGCCUAACGGGCACGUGUGGACCAGUUAUGCGGAAACGAAGGACAAGGAGCCGGGGGAGUUUCAGUGUAUGUUUCAUGGCUGUGGACGGGCCUUUCCCGACGGUUACUCGCCUGGUACGGCACUGCAAGGAGGUGCACAUUCAGAAGGCGGUGGCGAAGGUGAUUGA